UGCCAUUGUUUGCACUGCGCCCCAUAUUGCCCCUCCAGACAGUGCAGCAACGGGAUUGAAUUGUCCUUGUUAAAAAAAAAAUAAUUUUUAAAAAGCAUCAACAUAUUGCAUGUUGUGAGCUUGCUUGCUACGUUCAUGCGUGGACGAACUGGUUAGUAAGAUAGCUAUACUGAAACGUCAGUAUCAUGUCUACUGAGAAACAAAACAGUCCCGUGGAAAAUUUGCAGGGCUCCUGGGUUGAGCUGCACUUCCAAAGCAACAGUAGCAACAGCAGUGGCAAUGGCAAUGGCAGUGGCAGUGUUGGCCACCACGGAGGGGAAGAGCAGGUGCCAGCCUCCGCUCACAGCGGGGACGUGGAGAAGAUGCUCCUGGAUGCACAGCACGAGUCUGGCAGGAGCAGCUCCCGGGGAAGCCUGCCUUGCGACAGUCCUACAAGAUCCCAGACUCCUCUGCAUCUAUGCAGAGGCUCAGAGGUUCAAAGUGCAGGAGAGAAGAAUAGUUCUCAGUCUGAGGAAGAUUUUCUUGAGAGAAGACAAGAGGUCGAGAAUAUAAUGAAGAAAAAUGCUGACUGGAUCUGGGACUGGUCGAGUCGACCCGAAAACCUUCCACCCAAAGAGUACCUGCUCAGGCACCCGAAACGUUCGAGCGCCCUCAGCAUGCGGAACACCAGGGUCAUGAAGAAAGGGGGGAUUUUCUCCUCCGAAUUUCUGAAGGUGUUCCUGCCUUCGCUGCUCAUAUCGCACUUACUGGCUGUAGGCCUCGGGAUCUACAUUGGAAGACGUCUAAGCGUCUCUGCCAAUACCUUCUGAGGAAGAUUAUGCCACCGCCGUCAGACGCCACCAUCGCUUGCAGCUUGCCGUGCCACACGCUUCCUAGAUGUAUAAAGGCAGGGUCAUGUGAUGCCUCCUCCGCGCUCCACCCCCUGCCCUCCCGCCCUCCGCAUUUCGGCAGAAGGAGGCAGACCUUCUGUACUCCUGUGAAUUCCGUUCAAUUUCUUCCUGUUCUCCGAGCCGCUUUAAAUACGCACCACCGCAAAUAGCAGACUCUUCCGUGCUUUCAUAUCUGCAAGAGACUACUUUGAAGCACCGUCAUUUGCUACUUCGUUUUAGCACAGAGAUGUUGAGCCUAGAUAUGAAUGGCGAGUUGAUGCAGUUGUGAUUUCACUGUUUUGAUUGCACAAGGGCAGGGAAAAAAGAUAAUUCACUACUAUGAAGUUGUGUCUCCUUCGUGGGAGGGGAAAAUGAGUUGCACGUUCUUAAACAGAGUAAUGCUGUGGGGAGGAGAGGAACAAUCCCAUUACUUGGGUUUGAUAUCUAGUUAUGUUGGGCAGUAAAAACAGAUGACCAAACUGCUCAUCAGAAACGGCACACCUGCUAUCAUUUCCAGUACUAAUUGCUACAGUUGUUGUUUCUACCCAAAAUGCAAGGGACUAAGCAUCAUUGUGUUUUUAGAGUUAGAUUUGCAGUAGGGAGCAUUACGUUGCGUGAACAAUAUUAUGAAACUAAUCCUCUUCUUGCUUUACAGCUGUUGUGAUACACUAUGAUCUUUUAAACUAAAGAGUUAUCUGUGUUCAGAUUUUAUUUGUAAAAUGUCAGGGUACUGAAUGAGGAUUGUGUGCAAUAUGUAAAAUAUAUUAAUGACACAUUCACAUGGCACUUUAUAGUAGUGCUGUCAUCACAUUGUCUGUAUAGCUCUGUAAAUAAGAACAUGUGUAACACUGGAAUUUAAGACCGGCACAUUUUCAGAAUAGUUUAGGACUUAAGCCACUGGAAAAAGAUAGUAAGAAAUGGUUGUGCUUUAAAUACCUAAAUGUGUUCAGCUAAAUACUGCACGUGAAGUGCUGAACAUACCACAUGCUCAUGAAAAAAGUUUGAGGACUUAAUAUACGUAAUAUAUGUAAUGUUUCAUGGAAUUGUCAGAGCAUGGGCAAUGUAACACAUAACAAAUGAAUCAAAUAAAUGAAAUGUAUAAACUGA